AUCAAAAUAUAAAUAUGGACGCAUAUUAUGAGGAUUACACGCCUGCAACCAACAACAAAGAUGUAAGAGAUAUAUAAAAUUAGAUAAAAAUAUAUCGAAAUGGAGACUCAAAUUUAUGUUGUACAUUAACAAUAAGAGAUAAUACAAAAUUUCAUGAAAUACGUAAAUCGUUGCAAUAAAAAUGGGACACAUAUUUUAAUCGGCUUCGUUUAUUUAAUUAAGAAGGAGUGGAGAUUACAGAAGAUGAUUUGGAUUAUAUAAAAAAUGGAACUGUGCUUUUUGCAUCUAAAGGUAUGAAAACCAAAAAUAAUUUUUUAGGCGAAGAAUUUGAUGAAAGUUUUUAAUUAGCAGAAUAUGAAUAACUUUAAGAUAUAGGAGAAGGAGGAUUUGGUAAGGUUGUUUUAGGAAGACACAAAUAAACAGGAGAAAAAGUAGCUAUAAAAAUGGUUAAAUAAACACUGACUAAUGCUUAAGUAAUUAUAAAUCAAUAUUUAGGAUGUUGAUAUGAUUUUUAGAGAAGCAAGAGCUCUUAAAUCUUUAAAACAUGAUAACAUAGUAAAGAUUUAUAAUGCUUUUUUUUUGUAAAAUUUGUAAACAGUUUAUAUAAUGGAAUAUUUGGAAGGAGGUGAGUUACUAUAAUAUUUACAAACAAAAGGAAGAUUUGAAGAAAAUGAAGCAAGACAUUAUUUUAAAUAACUUGUAAGUGCAAUAUCUUAUUGUCAUUAAAAAAAAAUAAUUCAUAGAGAUUUAAAAUUAGAAAAUUUGUUGUUAACAAGUAAAGAUUCAGGUAUAAUAAAAUGUAUUGAUUUUGGAAUAUCUGGUUUUGCUUCAAAUGAUAAUCCUGAAAAUGCAGAUGCAGGAAGUUUAAGAUAUAUGGCACCAGAAUUAUUAAAAGGUAUUUUUAUAAUAAAUAAAUUUAGGAAUGGAUAAAGCAGUAUCUCCGUUAGUAGAUGUAUGGUCUAUGGGUAUAAUUUUAUAUGGAAUGUUAUUUGGAACUCUACCUUUCACAGGUAAUACAAAUAAAGAAAUUAUUACUUAAAUAUCUGAAGGUAAAGUAAUGAUCCCAAAUGAUUUUAAUAAUAAAUUAUCUUAAAACUGUUAAGAUUGCCUUUAUCGUACUUUAGAACCAGAUCCAAAAAAAAGAAUUACUUCAAUUGAACUUUUAAAUCAUCCAUUUGUGACUAAUGAAAAUACUCUUAGUACAAAUUCAAACAGUACAAAUAAGUAUUAAAAUUAUAUAAUUAAGACCAAAAAUCUAAACAUAACUUUAAUAAAUAGAUGAAGAUGAAAAUCCUGGUUUAAAAUAAGUAUAAUCUGCAACAAAUAAAAAAUAAAAUCUUUAAUUUACAAAACAGCAUCCUUAAAGUUCAAGAUAAUUAAUUUAGACUUAGAAAAAAACUAGUUAAUAAUCCCCUUUAUUAUUAUAAAAGUAAUCAUAAUCUGUUGGAUAAACAACUAAGAUGACUAAGUUUAGUAAAAAAUGA